AUAUCGAUUGUCAAGCUCCAAGAAUGGAGCUCUCGAGGAAAUAAUUGUAUCUUAUUUGUAACUUGCGUAGUGUAGUGUAAGAUAUAUUUAUUAAUGCACGGGCACGCAAGAGAUGAUUAGCGAGUGACGGAGGGCAGUACUAGUUGGUCGGACCUUGGUUAGUUAGCUCCUCAUCCUCCGCUGGCAGCGGUGCAAUCGAUUUUUGUUGGAGGCGAGGCGAAUGUUGCGGAAUUUCCCAUACAACUCUCCCACACUCUGAAUUCCGGCGGCGACGCGAUGAAGGACGGAGGUCACAUAACGCUCACACUCCCGACGGGAUCAGCGGCGACGGUGGACGAGCGGAGCAGGAAGAGCCUGCGGCGGGCUUGGAAUCAGCUGCCGCGUUGUCAGCGCAAUCUCAUUAUUCUCGGAAUAACCGCCUUUUGCGUGACGGUGCUGCUCUGCCUGAGUGGCGACCAACUGCUGGCGGCCAGUUCAAGGGAUGCGGACCCUAAGGCUAUCGUGGCUUCAUACCAAAUGGCCCUGCCAAAUCCCCACCAUCACCCCGGCGUGGAUAGGGACAAGGAUGUGGCCGAAGAUACGGCCGCGGCACUGGGCACGGAAGACAAGAGACCACCUCGGGCGGCGGCACUUAGUGAUAAGUUUAAUGAAUUAGUUGCCUACGGGGAAGCGAACUCUGCCGAGAACGUGGCCCGUCUGCCGGAGACGGUGGCCGCUCAAGGGCCGCCGCAGGCAGUGGCCUUGCCUCCGCCGGACAAUAACAGGGAGCAGGACGUUGGAGGAAUCGACAUUUUGAACAAUGUGGAGGAGCCCGUUCCCCAGGAGCCAACAGAGCCGCUCAGCGAACGCGAGCAGCUCGAUCAGGCGAUCAAGAGUCCACUGAAUCUGGGAGGAGUCAGUUUCAAGGAGCACCUCAAGAAGAUUAAGCCCCUCCUGGCCAAGGGCCAGCACUUCCAUGGCGCCACCAACGAGCGCCAGUCGGCUGUGGUAGCCGCCUUUAAGCACUCCUGGGCGGGCUACAAGAAGUACGCCUGGGGGCACGACAAUCUGAAGCCCAUCUCCCAAUACUCCCACGAAUGGUUCGGUUUGGGACUCACCAUUGUGGACUCACUGGACACCAUGUACAUAAUGGGACUGGAUGAUGAAUUCAAAGAGGCCCGCGACUGGGUGGAGCAAUCACUGCGCUUCGAUACCAAGCGCGAUGUGAAUCUCUUCGAAGUGACUAUCAGAGUCCUGGGCGGAUUGCUGUCCGCCUAUCACUUGAGCGGGGACACAAUGUUUCUGGCCAAGGCAGCAGAGCUGGGCAACCGUUUACUGCCCGCCUUCUUAUCUCCGUCGAAUAUCCCCUAUUCGGAUGUGAAUCUCGGCGAUCUGUCGGCGCAUUCACCCAAGUGGUCGCCGGAUAGCUCCACCAGCGAGGUGACCACCAUUCAGCUAGAGUUUCGUGACUUGAGUCGGUCUACAAACGUUUCCGUUUAUGAACAGGUUGCUCACAAAGUAAACGAAAAGGUGCACGAUCUGGAUAAGAACCAUGGCCUGGUGCCCAUAUUCAUCAACGCCAACACGGGAACCUUCCGCAACUACGCCACCAUUUCCCUUGGGGCUCGUGGUGACUCCUACUACGAGUACUUGCUCAAACAGUGGAUCCAGACAGGCCGUAAGGAUAACGACAACCUUAUCUUGGAUUAUAUGCAAGCGGUGGACGGGGUACUAACACAGCUGAUGCGGCGCACUCCACGUGAGCAUUGGGUUUACAUUGGCGAGCUGAUCAAUGGCAAAGACUUUAAGCCGAAAAUGGACCAUCUUACGUGCUAUCUGCCCGGCACUUUAAUUCUGGGCCACCAGAACGGAAUGCCGGACUCGCAUCUAAUCCUGGCCAGGGACUUGAUGGACACAUGCUAUCAGACCUACAUGAUGAACCCCACACAUUUGGCGGCCGAGAUUUCAUACUUUGCGCUCACCGAGAAGGAUGAUCAGGACAUCUAUGUGAAGCCAAACGACGCCCACAACCUGCUGCGACCCGAGUUUGUGGAGAGUCUUUAUUAUUUCUACUCUAUAACCGGAAAUCGCACCUACCAGGACAUGGGAUGGACAAUCUUCCAGGCGUUUGAAACUCACGCCAAAGUGAAUGCUGGCUACACUUCGAUGGGAAAUGUGAAGAACGCACAGAAUACACGACUGCGCGAUCUGAUGGAAAGUUUUUGGAUGAGCGAGACUUUGAAGUACUUCUACCUACUGUUCAGCGACGACCGCAAGGAAAUCGAUCUGGAGCAAUGGGUGUUCAACUCGGAGGGCCAUCCACUGCCCGUCUAUCCGCUCAAGACUUAACUACCCCCUAGGUGAGGCAAAUAGAGGGCAGCGCAACUUAGUUGCGCCAGCGAAACUAACUGAUAACCGAAUAGAGUCGGCGCAUUUAGGCUGCAACAAUCGUUUUACUCGUAUUCGUACUUUAGCGCAAAUGCCAAAUACUAUGCUAAGCUUAGGGUCAAGGUCGAGCCCGGUCGGCCAAUCGAAUAGAGCAAUGCCCAACAGCGGGAUGGGUCGAUGAGCAAACAUUUUUAAUCGCAGUGUCGAAUAGUUAAGGUAUAAUAUUAAAAUUAAAAAACUCUUUCUAAAAAAAUAUGAUUUAAAAUUUUAUCCAAAUAUGUAUAUUGUUCAAGGCCAGCAAUCUUAAUUAUCCAUCAGCUUUGAGGCUAUUAAAACUGAUAUUAUACCAGCGGAACACGGCAUUAUGCUCGCCCCGGCGAUUAUGAACAACUCAUCGAACCAUCCCAUCUUCCUAUUUAACAUGUCAUUUUAAAAUCGCUAGGAUCCGAUUGUAUAAUAUUCUUUGUACUGAUACCUAUUAAUUUGUAAUAAUUUAUUUCCUAAUGUAAGCACCUACUGUAACAUGAUGUUGGGCCUUUGCUAACGCGUCUUUUUAGCCAGUAGCCAGUAGCCAGAACAGCCGGUUUUAACCUUGUAAUCUCUCUUGUAGUUAAUUGUGUAUGUUUACGUUAGCAUGAUAUUAGGAACUCAGUUGCACUCAGCACAAACGCGAUUUGUGUGUAAUCUUAAAAGUACGAAAAAAUGAAAAACGAAUCUCAUAGAGAAUGCCACAAGAGCAUUUUCGAUCCCAUAGGCAACCAGCGUAUUUGAAAAAGAGCCGAUAAUAAAAAGCGAUAAUUUUUAAAAUUGUA